UUUCAGGUGAUAGCCUUCAUCUGCGGCCUCAUAGUCAUAAUUCUGAUGAUAAUGGGUCUUGCUUCUACCGAUUGGCUGAUGGCUGCCGGAUGGAGACAAGGCCUGUUUAUGCAUUGCAUAGAAGAAGGAGCACCUCAGCCCUUGCCCUUCAAUAUGCAAGAACCUCCCGGCUGUUAUCAAUCCAGAGACGCAGGUUAUAUUAGAGCCUCAGCAACCCUAUGCGUGAUUACUCUCCUCACCGAUCUAGUUGCCACCGUUCUCACGGGACUAGGCCUCGGGACGAAAGAACACCACACCAAGUACAAGUACUAUAGAUUCGCUGUCAUCGUUAUGGGACUGGCACUGGUUUCCAUUCUCAUAGCGUUGAUCGUCUACCCAGUGUGCUUUGCAGCCGAGCUGAAUUUGGGUAACCGGACGAUAUGGGAGUUCGGCUGGGCGUACGGCGUCGGCUGGGGGGCGGCCAUCUUCCUUUUCGGCGCCGUCAUCCUGCUAAUGUGCGACAAGGAGAGCGAGGAGAUCUACUACAAGGAGAGGAAGAUCGUCCACGAUAACGAUUCGCGCGCCUAG